GAGGAUGCAACGGGGCUUACAGUAAAUGGAGACAUUGAUGUCCACUCAGUUGUUGUUGCCUCUCUGCCAACAUCACAUCCCAGCUUUGCUCCCCAAAGGCAUCUCGAGUUGUCAAAGAGAUGGAAGGCACCUUUGGUUCCCGAUGGGCCUGUGGAGCUUUUUAUCGGUAUUCUUUCCGCAGGCAAUCAUUUCGGAGAACGGAUGGCUGUGAGGAAGUCGUGGAUGCAGCAUGUUCUUAUCACAUCUUCGAAAGUUGUUGCUCGUUUCUUUGUGGCACUCCAUGGGAGGAAAGAAGUGAAUGUGGAACUGAAGAAAGAAGCAGAGUACUUUGGGGACAUUGUGCUUGUUCCUUACAUGGAUAGCUAUGAUCUUGUUGUGCUGAAAACUGUUGCAAUAUGUGAACACGGAGCUUUUGCAUUCUCUGCAAAGUACAUAAUGAAGUGUGAUGAUGAUACGUUUGUAAAACUCGGCGCAGUGAUCAACGAAGUGAAGAAAGUACCCGAAGGUAGAAGCUUGUACAUUGGUAACAUGAAUUAUUACCACAAGCCUCUCCGUGGGGGUAAAUGGGCAGUCACUUACGAGGAAUGGCCAGAGGAGGACUAUCCGCCCUAUGCAAAUGGACCUGGAUAUGUUCUAUCUUCUGACAUUGCACGCUUCAUCGUGGGAGAGUUUGAGAGACACAGAUUACGGCUGUUCAAGAUGGAGGAUGUAAGUGUGGGAAUGUGGGUGGAGCAUUUCAAAAACACAUCAAACCCAGUGGACUAUAGGCACAGUCUGAGAUUUUGUCAGUUUGGUUGUGUUGAGAACUACUACACAGCUCAUUACCAGUCGCCAAGACAGAUGAUAUGCUUAUGGGACAAGCUCUUAAGACAGAACAAGCCAGAGUGUUGUAACAUGAGAUGAUUGAUUAUCGAGGGAAACAGCCAUGUGUGUUUUUGAGAUAUAAUAUGCUUUCAAGCGUGCGUUGAAAGACUAAUGCCGAUUAAGGAAACCAAUUUUGCAAAGCUCACACAUAGAGAGACUCUGGAGUUUUGGUCUGCAAUCUUCAAGCCAUCUAAAUCUGUAGAACAAACGGAGAGAAGAGUAAACAAAGACGCAUAUAUAGUCUAGUCAUACAUUCACUUUGUUUGUGAAUCAAUUUGAUUUAUUUUCAUUUGUAUAAAACCUAUUUCUUAAAUCUAAUUGAAAUUUUGUUCUUUUUUA